AUGGACAGGCAUGAAAGAAGUUGUACUGCAGUGCAACCCUCUGAGUUUAUUCAAUGUGGUAAAGCCUUUGCAUAUCAGAGUCUUAGACAAAGGCAUGAAAGAACACAUAAUGGAGAGAAAGACUAUUACUGUAACCAAUGUGGUAAAAACUUUAUAAUAAGCAGUCAUCUCCAAAUACAUAAACGAAGAAAUACAGGAGAGAAACCCUAUGGUUGUAACCAAUGUGGUAAAACCUUUGCUGUAAGGAGUGACCUCCAAAUACAUAAGCGAACACAUACAGGAGAGAAACCCUAUGAUUGUAAACAGUGUGGUAAAGCUUUUAUAAGAAGGGGAGACCUCCAAAUUCAUAAGCGAAUACAUACAGGAGAGAAACCCUAUGAAUGUAACCACUAUGGUAAAGCCUUUGUAAUAAGCAGUCAUCUCCAAAUACAUAAGCGAAUACAUACAGGAGAGAAACCCUAUGAAUGUAAACAAUGUGGUAAAGCGUUUACAAAAAGCAGUAAUCUCCAAAUACAUAAGCGAACACAUACAGGAGGGAAACCCUAUGAAUGUAACCAAUGUGGUAAAGCUUUUAUACAUAGUGGUAACCUCAAAAGACAUGAAAGAACACAUACAGGAGAGAAACUC